AUGAGGACAGCCUCCAACGAGAGCUUUGAUGAAAACCUCAUCAUGUGGAACAAAGGCUAUCGCGGGCGGCGUUUCUCCAUGCCUCCUGCCAUCGACAUAACGCCUCCGCCGCCGUCCGACCAGGGUAAGGCAGAGGAUUCUUACCUUGUCCGUCAGUCUGGUUCUGGUUCUUCCGAUAACGGCCCUGUAAGUCACUCGCCGAUCCUGUCGGUUGAUCUGGAUGAAAACUCAAUAGAGAUGAAGUGUACUCCGCAUAUCCGGGGUGCAGCAAGUGAGAGCGUUGAGGAUGUAAGUGACAUAAUGUAUGGGGUUCCUCAAGGGGUUGAAAAUAAUGACGAACAAGAAGAAAUGCGUGAGACUGACUCAGCGAAUCAAGAAGAAAUAAAAAGUCCAAAUGACUGUGAAAUAACCAACGAAUCCCCUGAGGAGCAGAGGGACGAAUGUGGUUCACCAAACGACAAAACAAUAAAUGAACACAUUAUGGAAACACAGCAGUCUGACUCUAGUGAUGACGUUUGCGCGGCGAGUACGGAGGAUGAAGGAACCGAUGGACAGCACACAGGAAUAAAGAAAGGAGCAAAUGGCGAUAAGGAAAAGAACAAGAAGAAGAAAAGAGAAAGAAAGAAGAAAUCUAAAGGCAUCUCCGUAAACUCAACUCAACAAUUUGGGCAUCGCUGCGAAAAUAUUAUCAACAUGUGUGACUUCAUUAUCGAACACAGCCCGAAGAAAGAUGCUCUUAGGACGCUUGAAGUUGCAUCGCACAUAAUAAACUACAAAUUUGCAGAAGUUUCGGAAUCUUCCUAUUCCAUACCAACAACAGAUACAAAUUCUAACGACGAAAAAACAAUAGUGGACGAUGACAAUGAGAUACUGGAAACGGUUGUAGAUGAUAAAGGUAAUGUCCUAAGGAUGAGUCUAAGCAGCAGUGAUUCUGACAGUGAUCUUGCUGAAGCCGUUGACACUAUUGCAGUGAAUGAUAAACUCGUGCAGAAUGACCUUGAAACUUACGUAGAUUUGUCUUUGGAUAACAGGUUAGAUAAUUUUUCAGUAGAAUGUCAAAAAGAACUUGUAAAUGAGGAUCAGAACGGAAACAUGAAACUCGCAUCAGAUAAGAUGGAAUGCUCUGAGACGCCUAUAUUAAAUGAUAAGGAAGAACAUGAGAAGAGUCUAUUCCAUGAUAGAACAGACUGCAAAUACCUUCCUGAAGAUGAUGUACGGAAUAAUAGCAAUUUCCAUUUCAGUACUAUAAACAGCCAUGAUCUUCAAACAAAUGAUUCAUUAAUUUCACAAACAGUUUUAGAGGAUGAACCACAGGGAGACAUUUUAAAAGAUCUGGAAGAACCAUCAUUGGAUAUGGACCAGGGGAGGAAAAACUUUGGUCAUAAUUCCGAAUCUUUGGUUAUCCCAAAUCUGGUUGUUAUUCAGGACGAAGCACAAGGCGAGUCUGAUAUCACUGAUAGUGUCAGCGAUAACUAUACUGGGGAUAGUCAUAUGGACUAUUUGCAGACAAUUGAUGAAGAAACGGAGCCAAAUUCAAUGGUGGAUGACGAACGCUACCUCUCUGAGGGAGACAUGUGUGAACAACCCCUUGAGGACCUACAAUACAAUUCAGAGACAGUUAAUGACUUGUCAAAUGAAUGUCAGGAAGCGGGAGUACGUACUGCUUUGGAUAAAUCUGGAGAUACUAAAGCUGCAUUGCAAGAGUUUUCUGUAGAAAUAGCAAACAAACUAUCUGCAGAGUUUGAGAGAAAUAGAGAAACCAUUGAAAGUCUUGGAGACCAAAUGUUAAAUACAGAAGACGAGAUGGAAGCUUCAAAUAUGGUAUCAGAGGUAAAUAAAGAAGAAAUAGAAUUUAUUGAAAACAUAUCAGAGCGACUCAAGGAUCAUACAAUCAACAAUCAACCAUCACAGGAAGAUCAAGAACCCUUGAAACUUGAAACAAAACUUCCAUCUUCUAUAGAAGAGGAUCUAUCGUUUACAAGAAUUUCUAAUCUAGAUGCUGUGCAGCAAAGUGGUAAUGAAAUAUUAUGUGAGGAGAGUGACAUUAACUUUACAAAUGAAGCCCUUGACUUGCCAAAUGAGAAUGAAACAGGACGCAUAGGAGAUUUAGGUGGUACUUCAUUACAGAUAAACAAUACUUGGUCACCGACUAAGGAUGAUCAGUCGCGACAGGUAGAACCACUGCUGGAAAAGGAAGAAUCACUAGGCCUAUGUGCAAGUGAUGAAACUGUGGAAACGGAUAAAAAAUUGCUCAAUAAGGAAUGCCAUCUCUUAGACGGAAAUGAUACUUCAGUCAUAACAAAAAAACAGAGAGAAGCAGUGCUGUCAAUACCAGGUGUAGUAGAGGAGGUGGAUGUAGUGGAUGCCAACUGUAAUAUUUCCCUAACCAAACAAACUGGACUAAAGGACACAGUGAUUGAAAAAAAUACAACAAACUUAAAUGAAAAAGAAAGGAUUGUUUCUACAGAGGAAACAAAGCGACAUCUGGAGCCAUCACCAGUUAAUUCGGGAAGUGUAACGUCUUCAUGCAGUUUACCACCCUCUCCUAUGUCUGAAGAAGUGGCACUCCUAACAUCCUCAUCGGGCGGAACUCACAGAUCAUUGGGAAUGGAACACAGAAAUAAAUCAAAAGUUUCUGAACAAAAAGAUCGUUAUUUCAUCCCAAUAGAAAUACCCAAAGAUUUAACUCUCAGUGAUAAGGUUAAACGGAGAGAAACAAGGUCAGCUGCUGCAAUAGUGACAACAGGAUCUGUGUCAAGGUACAAAGCAUUGUUUGAAAUGAAGUCGGUAGAUGAAAUAUCUGUUAUGCAUAAAGAAACUGAUGUAAAAGAAAGUAAGUACAAGUAUCAGAAAAAAGAGAACAAAGACACAUUGACAUUUAAAGCCAUAUGCGUAAAUCUCACCUUUGAAGAGGAAGAGGAGAGAACUAAUGAUGAAGAAAUUGUGGUUGAAAAGAUGACCAAUGAAUGCCAUGAAAAUACAGAGGGCAGUGAAAGCAAGAGCAUGAACACAAAGCCUGAUAUUGCAAAUAUUAAACAAAUUAAAGAAGAAGAAAAACCUGAUGUUUCAAACGAAGAUGAAAAGCUUGAAAAUACAAGCAGCAAACAAAUUAAAGAAGAAGAAAAACCUGAUGUUUCAAACGGUAAACAAAUCAAAGAAGAAAGGCUUGAUAUUUCAAACGGUAAACAUAUUACAGAAGAUGAAAAGCUUGAAAAUACAAGCAGCAAACAAAUGAAAGAAGAAGAAAAGCCUGAUGUUUCAAACAGUAAACAAAUUACAGAAGAUGAAAAGCUUGAAAAUACAAGCAGCAAACAAAUGAAAGAAGAAGAAAAACAAGAAGAAAGGCUUGAUAUUUCAAACGGUAAACAUAUUACAGAAGAUGAAAAGCUUGAAAAUACAAGCAGCAAACAAAUGAAAGAAGAAGAAAAGCCUGAUGUUUCAAACAGUAAACAAAUUACAGAAGAAAGGCCUGAUAUUUCAAACGGUAAACAAAUUGCAGAAGAUGAAAAGCCUGCUAUCUCAAACAGUAAACAAAUUAAAGAAAAGUUUGACAAUUCAAACAGUAAACAAGUUAAAGAAGACGAAAGGACUGAUACUUCAAUCAUUGAUCUAAUGAAAGAAAAGUCACAUGCCCCACAAACGACAUUUGCUCCGCCAAUUAUACCACCUGAUAUGGAUUUACUGAAUCAGUUCAGAGUUAAUACAAGCAGUGUGGGACACAAGCAGAAUACCUUGAUAAAGUUAGAAAAAGAGAAGUCGGCAUCUCCUACAAAGCCUUCAUUUUCCUCUUGUCGAUCCACUUCGCCGAUUUUGCAGUCGUUGCAAACAAAGUGCAAAAACAAACCAACAGUCAGAGCAAGAUCCUUGCCCUAUUCGACAUACGUAAAACAGUCUUCGGUGAAAAUAGAAACAGAAAAGAAAGUGUCACAGUUAAGAAGUGUAUUUGAAUCCUACAACACUGAUUCACAAAAGCCAACUAGGAACUUUACUCCGAAAUCUAGACGAUUUAUUAAACAAGGGAGUGGUGAGGAAGAUUUAAUGGAAUCUUCUAACAAAAGAACUAAUGGAGAUAAAAAUCUGUCUUACAAUAUAGGAUCUUUUGACUGGGUAAAUAUGAAAGAUUCUGUUAAAAUGGAAAAGUGUGAAUCCACUAGUACUGAUAACGAUGUGAACUCUACAUUUACUCAAGAUAUGAAUAGUUCCUUAAAUCAAGAACUCAAGAAGAAUGGCAGGGUUAAAGAAUACUCAGAUGCUUGCUCAACGCAAAGACUUAAGAACAAUGAGAUUAAUGAAUCCUCAUAUACCUUAACUCAAAAACUUCAGAACAUUAGGGAUAAUGAACACUUAAGUCAAGAACUCAGGAGGAUCAGUGGGACUGAUAAAGACUCAGAUGCGUCCUCCAACCAAGUAGAUGCUUCUAUCAUCCCAGACAGUGAUAUCUGUAGUGCUAGUGAUAAUGUUCCUGCAAACUUAAUUGAAAGUGGAGCAGACAGCAGUCUAUUAGGUAAGGUAAAGGAUAAUAUUAGAAAAGAGCAUGACGAUGUUCUUUCCUUCAGUUGCAUGAAGCAGAACGAUGAACGGCCACAUGGUACUGAAAAUCAUGAAGAUGAAGUGUGUGAUGUUACAGAAGAAAAUAACCCUGAAAUUCAACCGUGUGACAACACACAUAUUCAAGAGGAAUCAGAGCUUCGUAAAAAGAGCCGCAAACUAGUUACGGCAUUAGAGAACAUGGAGAGAGAUAUCCAAGAGAUGCAACAGUCUGUUAGACGUUUGAAUGAUCACUACCCAAUAGUAUCUGUAGAUGAAAGCGACUUGGUGUGCCGCACUAGUUCAGAAAUGGAGGAAACGCCAUUGACUCCAGGUAAGGAUAUAUGCAAGGGUGUGCAUGCUACUGCUAUAACUGAGCCACUGGAUUUACAUGAAGAUAAUUUACAUUUGUCUCUGCAAAACAAAACUGUGCCUAGCAAAACUGCAGGGGAUACUAAAAAUAUGCUGCCUGAAUUUGAACAUUUUGCUUCUGAUCAGCUUGCUUUAUGCGCAACCAUGGCUUCUGACCCAAUAAUUAAUACAGUACCAGAACACACAUCUACAUAUGCAGCUCUUGCUGAGGUGACAUUGCAUGCUAAGGAAUCAUUAGUGCUGCAAAGCUGUGAAACUGAAGUAUGCAAGAAGGAUGAUAACAAUAUAAGGUCAUUAGAUUUUGUAGACUGUGAUCAGUUUCAAAAUCAGUAUCAAGAGAUAAGAGAGCCCAUUGACAUACCUAAUAAGAGCACUGAUGAACAUACAAAGAAUUCCAAAAAUGAUUCUGAAGAUGACCAAUAUAAUGUUCAUAUUUCUUGCUUCAAAUCCAAUCCUUCCUCAGAUGAUAUCUAUGAUAAAAGUGAAAUUAUAUCACUUACGCAAAAAGAUAUUUCUCAUACAUUAGACACCAUCCACAUAGAAUCUACUAAACUGCAUAAUGUUCAAGGAGACACUAUCAGUGCAACAAAUACAUCAUGUACAGGGAAUAUUGACAGACAAGAAAGCCUUUCCAAAGAUGCUAGUUCAACUGACCAAUCACAAGACUUACAGAUAUUAGGUUCUAUUCAAUCAGGAACCACUAACAUAUUGGUUACUGAUCAACCAGAAACCACUAACAUAUUCAAUACUAUUCAACCAGAAACCACUGACAUAUUAGCCACUGCUCAACCAGAAACCACUGACAUAUUAGCCACUGCUCAACCAGAAACCACUGACAUAUUAGCCACUGCUCAAACAGAAACCACUGACAUAUUGGACAUUGCGCAACCAGAAAUCACUAACAUACUGGACACUUCUUCUCCAGGAACCACUGACAUAUUGAACACUUCUGAACCUGAAACCACUAGCAUAUUGGACACUUCUCGACCAGAAACCACUAACAUAUUGGACAUUGCUCAACCAGAAACCACUAGCAUAUUUGACAUAUUAGACACUGCUGAACUAGAAACCGCUAGGAUAUUGGACACUGCUCAACCAGAAACCACUAACAUAUUGGACACUGCUCAACCGGAAACCAAUAUAUUGGAUACUGCUCAUUCAGAAACCACUAAUAUGUUGGACAUUGUUCAACCAGAAACCACUAGCAUAUUGGACACUUCUCAACCAGAAAACACUAACAUAUUGGACAUUGCUCAACCAGAAACCACUAGCAUAUUGGACACUGCUUAUCCGGAAACCACUGACAUAUUAGACACUGCUGAACUAGAAACCGCUAGGAUAUUGGACACUACUCAACCAGAAACCACUAACAUAUUGGACAUUGCGCAACCAGAAACCACUAACAUAUUGGACAUUGCUCAACCAGAAACCACUGACAUAUUAGCCACUGCUCAUCCUGAAACCACUGACAUAUUAGACACUGCUGAACUAGAAACCGCUAGGAUAUUGGACACUGCUCAACCAGAAACCACUAACAUAUUGGACACUGCUCAACCGGAAACCAACAUAUUGGAUACUGCUCAUUCAGAAACCACUAGCAUAUUGGACACUGCUCAACCAGAAACCACUAGCAUAUUGAACACUGCUCAACCAGAAACCACUAGCUUAUUCGACACUGCUCAACCAGAAACCACUAGCAUAUUGGACACUUCUCAACCAGAAACCACUAGCAUAUUGGACACUGCUCAACCAGAAACCACUAACAUAUUGGACACUUCUCAAUCAGAAACCACUAGCAUAUUGGACACUGCUCAACCAGAAACCACUAGCAUAUUGGACACUGAUCAACCAGAAAACACUAGCAUAUUGGACACCGCUCAACCAGAAACCACUAGCAUAUUGGAGACUUCUCACCUAGAAACUACUAACAUAUUGGACAAUGCUCAACCAGAAACCACUAACAUAUUGGAAACUGCUCAACCAGAAACCACCAUCAUAUUGGACACCGCUCAACCAGAAACCACUAGCAUAUUGGAGACUUCUCACCUAGAAACUACUAGCAUAUUGGACACUUCUCAACUAGAAACCACAAACAUAUUGGACACUGCUCAACCAGAAACCACUAUCAUAUUGGACACUUCUCAACUAGAAACCACAAACAUAUUGGACACUUCUCAACCAGAAACCACUAGCAUAUUGGACACUUCUCAACCAGAAACCACUAGUAUAUUAGAUACUUCUCGAUCAGAAACCACUAGCAUAUUGGACACUUCUCAACCAGAAACCGCUAGCAUAUUGGACACUUUUCAACUAGAAACCGCUAGCAUAUUGGACAUUUCUCGACCAGAAACCACUAAUAUGUUGGACAUUGCUCAGUCAGAAACCACUAACAUAUUGGACACUUCACAACCAGAAACCACUAGCAUAUUGGGCACUUCUCAACCAGAAGCCACUGACAUAUUGGACAUUGCUAAGCCAGAAACCACUAGCAUAUUGGACACUUCUCAACCAGAAACCACUAGCAUAUUGGACCCUUUUCAACCAGAAACUUCUAGCAUAUUGGACACUUCUCAACCAGAAACCACUAGCAUAUUGGACACUUCUCAACCAGAAACUUCUAGCAUAUUGGACACUUCUCAACUAGAAACCACUUACAUAUUGGACACUGUUGAAUCAGAAACCACUAGCAUAUUGGCCACUGCUCAACCAGAAACCACUAGCAUAUUGGACAUGUCCAACACUGCUCAACCAGAAAUCCCUAACAUACCAAAUGCUGCUAAACCAGGAUUAACCAACAUAUUGGACGCUAUACAACCAGAUACUGCAAACAUAAUGGCCAUUGUUCACCCAGAAACCACUAAUAUAUUAGACACUAAUAUCCUAGAGACCACAAGUGUUUUAGAUACAGUUCCAUCAAAAAUCUUUGAUUUAUUGAACACAGAAGAGUCAGACAACACAGACAUAGUGAAGACAGUUCAACCGAAAAAUACAAGAGACUUACUAGACAGUUCAGAGGUAGAAACCACUGAGCUCCUAGAUACUGCUAAAACAAAUACCAUCAAUGUGUGUGGCAAUGUUGAACUAGAUACAAUACCAAUACCUGAAAGUAGUUGUACAUUAAAUACUAGCUUAUCACAAGUCAGUAGUACUGUAAGUCACCCAGAAACUUUUCAUUUACCUUGCACCAUGCAAACAGAGGACAUUGAAACUGGGAACACUGAUACAUCCAGCAAUCUACUAGAAGACACGAAAAAUAUAUCCCAAACAGUGUGUGCAGUUCUGCUUGAUAACAUUCAUGCAAAUACUGAUCAUAAAAUAGUUGCUAGGGAAUCAGUUGAUGCAAAUCUGCCAAGUAAAAUCAAAACAAACUUUGAGGAAGCAUUGGAUUCCAUUCUAGAUAGUAAUGAUGCAAUAAAUGAGAGUCAGUCUGAUGCUUCUGGAGACACUAUAUUAAUGGAAAACAUUCAAACAAAAGCUCCCCAAAUUGGUAAUAUAUCAGAUACAAUCAUGUUUGAAAAUACAUUUCAAGUGGAUUCUCUUAAUUCAGGUUCAGCUGAUCAGUUGGCCAGCAUCAAAACAAAUACUCUGAUGGAAAAACACAAGUUGGAGUCAAAAGAAGAUUGGGAUAAGAGUCACAUAUCUACUCUGGCUGAUACGUUAACUGGCAGAAGCGUUUCUAAUAGUCAAGGAACAACAGAUGUCGAAAAACAAACCAAUUAUCUGGAUUCACAAGAAGGGGAAGCAAUCAGCACAGAACUUCCUGGGGAUAAUUAUUUAAUUACGGUAACAGAGGAUAAAUUUCCGGAUCGAAUAUCAGAUACUUCAGGACAUGAAUCUGAGUUAAAUAAAAACAUCUGUGAUUUACCCAGGGCCUCCAACUCUGAUUUCUUUAUUGGUGGAUGUACUGAUGAUCAAAAUCCUUCUGAUUCAGGGGACUGUGUUUCUUCACCUGAAAACAGACAUACCAUCCAGGCUGAAAUGUCGUCUUCUGUAGAACUUGUAGAAAAUGUACAUUUCUUGCCAGAUAUUCAAGGAAGAACCAUGCAGCAGACCCAAUACUCUGCUUUUCAAGACAAGGAUAUAGACUCUGACUUUGGAACACCUAGUGCUCCUGGAAGUCUCCUCUGGGAAGAUACACAUCAAGAUUUUGAGGAAGAUGUUCCUAUUCCAUGCACAUCCCGACCAAAUUCCUCACUAAGUUUUCAUCAUGAGAAAGAUGAAACUGUGGAGGAAGAGAGGGGUUCACCUUGGUCCUUAUUUACAGCCAUCAAAGAAUAUGUUAGUUCGAGGUCUGCAUCGCCACUGGACAUGUUUGUUGAUGAGACUUUAGCACCUGCUGAAGCAUCUGAUGAGGAAGAAUUUGUUUCUCUUGAACCAUCUGUUGUCCAAGAAAACUUGGACAACAACAACAGCUUUGAAUCAAUACAAACAAAUUCUUGCCCUGCCCUUAUUCAUAAAGAAGAAAUCGAAACACCAUGUGAAACAACUCAAAACGAUGUAAACAAAUCAGUGGAUAGUUAUGCAAAACCCCCAGACUACCUUCCACUACAUAAAAUUAAUGUUCCCUCAAUGACACCGAUGAGGUCUACAGGGGAAGAAGUCAGUGAAGCAAGUGAGUCACUGACAAGUUUUACUAAUGAGGAAUCAAAUGAUUCUAUAUAUGAAACUCCUGAUGCCCCACCAGAACUCCCUCUAGCUGAGUUGUCUAUUGAGAAUAUGAGCUUUACUUCAAAUGACAUUGAACACGAAGCAACCUUCAGGUCUUUCACGCUCAUUAAUGAGGAAUUAAACGCUAGUUCUAAUGACCAAAUGCAGAACAUACAAAUUCCUUCUGAAAUAGACGAGUUUGGCAAAAGGUCUGCCCAGGAAGUGCUAGCUCAAUCAACACAGGAAAUUGUGAAGAAUUACAAUUAUGAAGAUAAGUGUUCUCUCUUAACUCAAAGUGAUGACCCAUGUCCUGUGGAUGCAGACACUGAGAUCUCGCUCCUAUCCCAAAAUGAAACAAAUACAGAGAGAUCUAAUGACAAUAGUGGUAUUCACAUAUCUAGUGCUGUUGAUAAUAUGGCUUCUGAUAUUUCCUUAGAACAAUGCAGAUUAGGGGAUCAGGUGAGACAAGAUGACAUAGAAGAUCAUGUGAUAAAGGACAGUCCUCCGCCAAGCCUACACAUCACACAGACGGCAUCGGAGGAUCAAGCCUCUGAAGUUCAACAGGCAGAUAUUCUCAUGAAGGAAUCCGGAGUUGGCCUCACAUCAAAGACUUCGGAGUCUAGUGGAGUGGUAAAUUUUGAUACACAGGAAAUAAAUGAAUCUAAAGUCAAUAAUUUACCAAGUGUUGUUGUAGGAGCCUUUUCAACUGAGGAUAGUGAUAAGAAAACUAUAUCGACAUGUGAAGGCGAAACUAGCACUGAAGCAGCUGCUCAGGAAAGUAGUUGUGAAUCAGAUUCUGAUGAUGAUAUGAAAAUUGGACCGAUUCGCGGCUUUCGUCCUCUGAUAAUACCUCUUUCACCCAGUCCAACGAAAUCACCUGUAACCACUUCAGACAGCGACUCUCAAUCUGAAUCUGAUGUAACAACUGAUGAAGAUGAAAUUGAUAUUCCUAGCAAGAAACCUAAGGUUAAAUACAACAAACCAGCACGCAGCCACAGCAGCAAACUGCACACCAUCCCUGAACUAUCAGAGGAUGAGGAGGAAGAGGUGAUGCCUGUCAGACCUCCGAGACCAAGACGACUUUCACUUGGGAAGAGACAUCUCUCAGAUAAAGGCGUUGAAUCUCCUGGCACUCCCUCAUCUGUGAAGAAGAUCGGUAGUCCAUCUUCUCCCCAUACUCCCAAAUUUUCACCAGAUUUCUCAUUGUUUGGAAAUGUUGAAGAAGAGCAGUCAUCAUUGGACGAAGACAAUGUAUUUGAAACGGAGGAAAAACCAAAACCGAUGAAGAGAAUGUCUAUGUAUCCUUCUAACUGUGUAUAUUCAACUUCCAGUGAAAAUGACGACUCUGAUGAUGAAUCCACAGUCAUGUAUGGACGACAUUAUGGGUCCUGUUUCAGAUCCCCAAACUCUCCAGAGAUGAUAGAACAAGACAGUUUGGAAUGUGAUGAAGAUGAUGAAUGUGCUGAAGAUGAUGAGGAACCAGUUGAUUAUUUUGAGAUGAGAAACAAGGCUUCUGUAAAAGCUAAAGAAGAAGUAAAACUGAUAGAGGAGGAACAUGAAGUUACACCUAGCAAAAAAGAAACAGAUUUCCAAGAAAACAGACCUGCUAUAUCGUCAGGCUUAAACUUUGAUGAUGAUGCCCAUGAGGAAGGCAAGUAUUAUCCACCUUUGGAAACUCUCAUGAUCCCUUCCCAGACCUCUUCUGGAGACGAGGAAACAGGCAAUGCAGAAGCCGAUGGCUCUCCUCUUGAGGAACCCGAAGAGACUGAAAACCAGCCUGCUUAUGUCAUCACUCCUCUUGGGGAGGAAAGCAUUCUCACAGACCACACCUUUGUUCCUCCGAUGGAAAUGUUGCACAUUCCUAAGCUGCAAGUUGCACCUUUAACCUUCGAAGACGUCGAUCUUCCACUGACACCACGAUUCCCCUCUGUAACCUGUUCAGAACAACAAAACGAAACAGAAAGUCUUGGUUUUGAUGCGAAGGAGAAAAAUACAAUUUUACAAGGCAUCGCUUCCCAUGCAGAGCACAUGCAAACUAAAGAAAAUGAUGGAUUUGCUGCAAUAGCUUCAUGUCCACUCCAAGAAAGGAAUCAUAGUAAAUCCGAAAUACAGGAAGAGUUUAUAGAAAGUUCAGAUAAUAAAGGUUUACCUAAUGUGGAUGUUCUAUGUGUGUCAGGAACUGAUGGACUGGACAAAAUAGUUGAUGAAAAUCUGAGUAAGGAUACUGAUGACAUGCAGAAUGCCAAUGAAGUGACUGGUGAAAUAAGUGAUGCAGAGAACAAUGUGAUAAAACCAUCGGGUGAAUCAGCUGACAUUGCACUUACCAAAGGUCAGUUGACAUUUUUUCAGGGUGGUGGACUUCAGCAAGUAGCACGAUCGUUUGCAGUCACAAAUUCGCCCAAAAAGGAAUUAGUACAAGGUGAGAAUUCAGCUAACAUAGGUGACACACCCUUUUCCUCCAUAGAUGUAGAUGUUGAGAGUAAUGACCCUGUCCUUGACCCUCUUGACCAAAAACCUACACAGCAAGACCUAUGCAACCAAAGUGAAAUGAAUACAACAGCAUGCAAUGAAGAUAGCCAUAAAGAUACUGAUUUCAGUUCAAGCAAUGUAUUUCAAGCACAGCCAUGUCCAUGCCCUCGUGAAGGUCUGGCGAAAGUGAGUGAGCAUGAAUCACCAGGUGCAGAUUUUUUCCCAUCAUCAAGUGAGAUCUUCACAGUGACAGCAACAAGUGACCCAUUUUUCACGGUGACGGCAACAAGUGACCCAUUUUCAUCGAGAGAAAAUGGAAUGGGUUCUCUAUCUUGGACUACAGAUCCGUUUGAUGAGGAACAGAAUCUAAUUGGCCUAGAUUUCUGUAAUUCAGCUGAUCGUAAGCCCAGUGAGGGAAGCCAUACUGGUGUGCAUGACGCAACCUUGUUAUCUCGAAGAGACAGAAGGAAGCCAGGUUCUCCUGUAAAAGUAUUAGUUGUGUCUCAGAAUCCGUCCGAGGAGUUCGUACAAGACCGUGAGUUCCCAUUAAGAGAUAGGAAACAGCAAUGUCAAAGCGACAUGGCUGAGAAACAGUUGGAUAUUGCCUCAAAUUUUGACAUUCUGUCAGAUGUCAGUGAAAUAUAUGCAAGUGAUCAGAGACCCCUAGAUGGAGCAUUUUUAUAUGAUGAUGAAACGGCUCAAGACACAUCAUCGGUUCCCCUCCAAAGUGAUUUGGAUAUAUUUACUCAACUGGAAACUGAUCUUAGUGAUGCAGUGAAGUCUGAGGAGGGUACGCAGCUAAUCAAAUUAUCAGAUGAAUUAAGGGAAGACAUAGAAAAACACCCAAGUGUAAAUGCUAAACAAAUGUUGCCUGCGAACUCUGACCAGGAAGCAAUUAAUGAUUUUUCUUCUCUUAUAGAAGUCGCAGAUAAUACAUCUCAAAAUCUAAAAUAUGGUAACGACGUAUCCACAGCAAACAUGUUUGAUUCCAGUGACGUAUAUGCAACAGAGUAUACAUGCAAGGAAUCAUCUGAUGAUACGACUGGGUUGGAUGUUAAAUUUAUUGAUAUCGACGAACAACCUGUCCAUUACAUGAAGUCUGAGGAUGUAAAAUCUGAUUCAUCAGCAAUAUUAUUUAACAUUUCAGAUGAUAAUCUGCAAACUGAAUCAAAUAUGCUUAUCCCACAGGCAGCUGAAUCUACCUGUGUAACAGAUCUUCUGAACAUAGACGACUUUUCAUUUGAUGAAGGUCCGAGUGAUGUGAUUUCAGAGAAGCAAAACAUUAGUCUUCUUGACUCUGACUUUGAAGAUUUUAUGCGAAGUGAUUCGACCAGUAAUAACGACAAUGAAGCUGGAUUUACUAACAAUUCAAUAAUUAAUGAAAUAAUGACAAAUGCCUGUCACCAAGCAGUACCCGACGCAUUUGAAUCUAACACUCGGGAAGUGACACCUCACACUGAUUUUCUUACAACGGGAUUUACUGAAGACAAUAAUAUGCUGAAAGUUGAGGAACUAGAUUUUUUUUCUUUGCACGAGGAAAGUCCAAACAAACAGUCACAACAUCAAACGAGUGAAGAUUCUGAGGAAUUGGAGGAAUUUUUAUCUUUGACGAAUGUACAAAAUGAGUGUGCGUGUGAAACAGAACCGCGAGUGGCUGGAAUCCCCUCAAGUGAAGCCACAAAAUAUGAUAAUCUUAUUGUUUCCAGUGAGACGGGCGGAGCGAACGCUUUGGAAAUCCCAGAGCUUCCGCCAGUUACGGGAGCAGAUAGUCUAUACAAGUAUGGGGUGAGGGAUGACCUAAUUUGGGGUGAGCCAGACAGACAUGAGAAGGAUGCGGAAGCUCAGUCCGAGGUCAGUUGUGACAGAACACUUGAGAGCUGUGGUGUCGGUGACGUAGCCCCGGAAUGUCGGAACCAAACACCGCCUUGUUCAGCUGACAUUCCCAAUGUCUCGCGUGGAAGUCAUGAACAUGUAAAAUCUCAGCUUGUUGAGGGAUUAGGCUUAUCGAUUACUUCCAGUGAAUUUGAUACUCAUGACACGGCAGUUUUUCAUGAAAAAGCACAGGAAGGGACUGGGUGUCUUCCCUCCCACUCCGAAGGGAAACAAGAGAAAGGAUUUUUUUGUGAAUACAGCAAUCAAACCACACAGCAAGUACAAGGAGCUAACGUAAAGAACAAUUUGAUAAUUGAAAAUGAUAGUGAUAGUGAACUGUGUAUGGUAACAGCGAAGGAUGAAAAUGAGCCUGCAGACUAUGACAGAGAGAGCACUUUGUCGGAAAUUUCAUCUACCAUUUUUGAAAGUGUACGAGAGUCACUUCCUGUUCUUGACCCAAUAGUGGCAGAAAAACUUAAUUUAGUUGAAGGUACAUCACUCACACAGUCUGAUGAGCAUCCUAAAGAGGACGGAGAGCACUUAAAGCUCAGUGAAGGUUCCCCUAUUCGAUGUGCAAGAGAUAUAGUGCACGAUAGUUCAGAGGACAUUAUAACUGUUGAUACACAAAUCCAAAACAACAAUAUUCGUAAUGAUGAUGACUGUACGUUAACUUCUGAUGACGUUUAUGAGGAAGACAAAAAUAAAAAUAUAGAUAGUUCUCAGGACAUUAUAACUGUUGAUACACAAGUCCAAAACAAUAAUACUCGUAGUGAUGAUGACUGUAAUUUAACUUCUGAUGACGUUUAUAGGGAAGACAAAAAUAAAAAUAUAGAUAGUUGUCAGGUAGAGAGGGAUGAUGACACACAGGUUGAUCAGAUUAACAAUGAUUCACAGUGUGUAACCGAAGAGUCGAAAAAUGAUGAUAAUGACCACUCAACAUCAUCAAAUCGAACUAGUAUUGUUCUUGAUGAAUUUCAGCAGAUGCUGGAAAAGGAAGGUUCAGAAUGUUCAUCAUUUGCCGAUUUAUCUGCAGAUGAAGAAGUAGGAGAUUCAGGUUUCAGUCCUUCAGUUUUUGAACAAGACCAGCUCACUGGAACAGGAAUUUCAAAGACCCUUCUAAAGCAAGGUGAAGAGGAGGAGUCUCUCAGUUCACAAUCUUACCGUAGUUUUCUAGAAGAAAUCCAUGGAUUUAGGACACACUCUAGGGAUUCUGAGAGCUCAAAUGAUGAAAGAGCUCCAAAGGCUGAUGCACGUUUUGAAGGCAGCAAAGUGAAAGUUGACCGUCAGCCAACAACUGAACUUGUCACUUUGAGAAAACAGUUCUGGGAUUCUGUUGCAGCAGGUGGCACUGGACCUGUGGACUCGAAAACUUCAUCAAGCUCUGACUCGACUGAUAUUGUAAGUCAAGCAGAUGACGUUUCAAAAUGUGGAACAAUCACUGGAGAGCAAGAUGAAGAAUUCACAAGAGGACAUACACCCGAAGCUGAUGACGUGUUUGAGGAUGCUGUUGAUGAGACACCAGUGGGGUUAGUAGGGAGACUGAAGGCUGUCUGGAAUAGCUUUUUCAUGGGUGAUAAGCAGUCAUUGGCCACAGAGGAUAAUAAAGAAAUGUCUGGUGAUGAUGAAUGUCUACGUGAUAUUGCAGACGGUGAGAGCUUGACUGAUGAUCAAAAAGAAAUGUGGGAAAACCUGAGAAAUUCUCCAAACUGUGAUCGUGAGAAUGUAUUAAAGAGCAAAGUGAAAGAGAAGGCAGUGCAAAGAGACGGUGUUAGUGGUGAAAACUGGACGUCGUUGGAACAGGACAAUAAAGAUGUUGCUAUACAUGAACAUUCAUUUUUAGAGGAGAGUAAGAAAGGGGAGGAGGACUCUGAAUCUGAUGAAUGGAAAAUAUUGAUGGAAAUAAGAAAUAGAAAUGAAAAGGCACAAACGUCACCUUCAACUCAUGAACAAAAUCAGAGAAAUGAUUUAACAACGGAUGCAACGCCCUUUAAUGAAACUGCCGAGGAAUUAAGGCAGUUAUCAUGUGAGUCUUCCAGUGAUGCUGAAGAACCAUCUAUUGGCGAUGCGUUUAUGCCUCGGAAAAGUAUGAGAAAGAUCAAGCGGGGCACAGUACAAAUGGGAAAACAGAUAUGGGAAAUGAAAUAUACAAACCCAGAGCCUGUAGGGGACACCACAAAGAAUGUAGAGCCAAAAAGUUCUAUGCAAGACACUGCUGAGCCUCUCGAGAAGGAGAGUUCUGAAAAAUAUGCAUACAGGACACCAAGUCUUCGUAAAAUAGAGAGAGGUAUUGUAAAAACGAGGAAAAAUCAGUGGGAAGGGAAGUUAAUGGAACUUGAUGAGGACAGUCUUCUCGAAAAUAAUGAGGAACAGAACUUAGAAGAGACUGAUGAAAAUGCUUUAAUGUCCAGUAAUGACACCCGAUCACCUGAUGAAUCUCCUAAACUUCAUCAUAAAGGAUCCAAAACUAAACAGCCAAAAGGCUACAAGCUAAGUGUGAAAAUUCGGGAAAGGACUGUGGUAAAUGCUAAACAUAUGUGGGAAGAAAAAGAAGCAAGGAUGAAGAAGGAAGCUGAGGCUACUAGAGCUCAUCUAUAUGCUCUUGGUCUCGAUACUGAAAACAAUAAGAAUACAGUUGGUGAUGAGUUACUUCCUUCAGGACUUCCUGAAGAAGGUGCAAAACUCAGAGGAAAGGAUGAUGAAAGAACUGAGCCUGAAAAUACUGAUACUGCUUGCUGUCAGGAACCAAUCGAAGAACUCGGCAUUGAAGAGGGUCUUGUGCACAAUAAGAAACAAAUGUGGCAGAAUUUGUGUGAAUCAGAAAAGAAAAUUGAGACAAAGGUGCUGCCUAGCAAACCAAAGAGUAAGAAAAUCGAAUGGUUGUUCAAUGAAGAAGAUGCCAAAGAAGCACAAACUGGAAAUACUCCAAAGCCAAACCAAGCUAGCGAUGUAGAGGUACUAGAGAGCAUGGAAUUGCAUCCACAAGCAACAACUGUAAAAGCUGAAGGUGAUAAGAAUGACAAGAUUGAUCUACAGCCUGACUAUGGGAAAGCUGAGGAGAGGACGGCAGUGUCUGGAAAGGACUUCUGGGAAGGAAUAAAACCUGAGCAAAGACAAACUCAAAAUCUUGGCGACAGCAAAGCUUCAGAAUCGUUACCCACUAACCAAACUGAACAGGCUGUCACUGCAUCAUCAGAAGCAACUAUUAAGGAAACCAACUAUGAUGACACUUCGGAAAUUAAGGGCAAAGGACAUGUAAAAGCCAAGAAGGAAAUGUGGGAUGAAAGAUGGAAAGAACUAGAAGAGAAACGGAAACAUGAAACGAUUAGUCAAAGGCAGGCAUCAUCAAGACGAAUAGAGAAUAAAUUAGAAACAAAGGGAGUCACGCCUCUAGAAACUCUAGAAAUAGAAGUGACAUGCGAGGCAGACGCCACAAAUACGGAAGAAAACACAUCCACACAAAAGCCGGUCACUGGCUACCAGCUCAGCAUUAAGCUCAAGGAAGGAAGUGUUGCAAAAGCCAAAUUAAUGUGGGAAGAGCAAGAAACAAAAAAUAUACUGGAAACAAAAACAUUUACACAAACGAAGAGCUCUCAGGAAAGAUCUAGAUUUCUGAAUGAAAUUCAAACAGGAAUAGAUAUUAAGACUACUAAAAUACCGAUCAAACAAGAGGAAAAUGAUCCAAAGUUUCUGAAAGAAAAUGAAUCCAUCGCGGAUGAUCAGCAAGAAGCCCCUCUACAGGUUAAUUCGGAGAUUAAUGAAGCUUCCGAGAGUCAGUUAGUACCAGUAAGUGAAUCAAGAAAAUUAUGGGAAGAACGAAUAUCCAAGAACGAAUCGUUUCCUCCAAAAUCCGAACCUGUAAUUGGUGAAUCAAAAACCGGAAAUAAAGUAGUACAAGUUAUACAAUCACUGAAUAACUCUACGGCAAAAAGUGUUAAUGAAGAUCCACGUCUUAGAAAUUUUAAUUUCUCCUCAGUGGACGUUGAAGUUGGCAGUGAGACACAAAGCACAGGGGAGAUUAAUUCCGAAAUGGAUCAGAAUGACUCGGAUGAAUCGUCAGAAAGAUCUAGCAUCACGGCUUGUGAAGGUAGUUUCACAGCUGGCAAGAAGGUAUGGGAAGAUAGAGUGGUUGAAAUAUGUGACAAUGUCCAAAUGAAACCUGAUUAUAAACUUGACUAUCAAAAUCCUGAUGUUGAGCAUCUUGCAAAAACUUUUGAUAAAACUGAAGAAGAGCCUACAAUAUGCAGUGAAACCCAUGAAAAUGAUAAACUUAUGAGAACUCUAAGUGUUGAAGUCGAUGAUGGUAGUGUUAGUAGAGCUCGAGACUUUUGGGAACAAUCCAAAACCCAAAACUUCGCUGCUGUUAAAGAACCUUCAACUAAAAACUUUAAUAGAAUACAAGAAUCUGAAGUACAGAUCGGUAAGGUGGAGAAAGACCAGGUGGCAGAAGCUCGAGAUUCAGAACAGAAAUAUGAGGAAAUGACACAAGUUCCAUCCAUUCCAAAGGAAUCUUAUAUAGGUGCCAGUAAAAGAGCAUUCUGUGCCACUAUGCUGUUAGAUUUUACAGCUUCUGAUACUAAUGAUCUUUGCAGCAAAAAGAAUGCUCCAGAACAAAUGAACAGUGCAAUUUCAUUAGUUCAAGAUGAAGCAAUGGAUUCAUUAAAGAGUGUUGAUGAAGAAUACUAUGAUGCUCUCAGUCUCGAGGCCAACAUCCCUACAGAGGAAUCAGCAUUCCAUCCAAACAGUGAUGAAAUUGUGCUAGAAAACCAAGGUCAAACUAUCAUUUCACAAAGACUGCCAGAAGUGAGUAUAGAGGAGGAAGGGAUUAGUAAAAUCAUUGGGGAAUCAACUGGCAAUAUAGUCAAACAGAAGAAAGAUUACUGGGAUAAUAUGAUUACAAAGAAUCUAGAAGAACCAAAAACUUGCAAAGCAGUUGCAAAGAAAGAAAAAGUUAUUAGUGAGCAUUAUCUCUGUGAAGAUAUUAGUCCAUUAGAUGACAUUAGUAUAUCAACAAACUCGGGCAGUCCCCCUCCUCUGCCUGUAACACAACCACCAAUACAUACCGAAGCAACCCGGGAACACAAAUCGUCCCCACAUUAUUCUCAAGGAGCAAAGGAAAUAUCAGAAAAGAGAAUGUAUUGGGAUAAUUUAUUUGCCAAGAGGAAAGAAAGCGAAAGAAAACCGGUAGUUGAUAAAGAUAAUGAUCUUUCAAUUGUAAACCAAACUGAAAAUGAUACAGGAAUAAGUGAAGCGAACACAAGUACGGGUGAUGAUGCCACAAAGCCUACAGCUGUUCCUGCAAAUGUUCAGCCGCCUGACCAUUUAAAAGAACCUGAGAAAGAUACAGAAGAGUCUGACAGCAAACCAGUCCAUUUUAUACCUGAAAAGACAUUCGUCGCACAAAAGAAAGGUUUCUGGGAUGACCUGAUUGCCAAGAAGACACGUGAGCCAGGAGUCAACACGACUUUCAUUGUGCAGAGGCCUCUAGUAUCCACGCAUGGCCGCCAAGACCGAAGCUGUCCCGUGGAAGUAACUGGAGGAGAUGAAGAUAUAUGUACCGAGAUCAAAGAGACCAAAACAGUGCUUGGUCGGAAACUGAGUAUUAAAAUUAAAAGCGGGAUCGUACGAGCUAAUCAGCGUUUAUAUGAGUCAGGACAUGAAGAUGAGUUUACAUUGUGGAAAAAAUCAAAGGAACGUAAGAGACUAGGGAAGCAUGAUUUAAAACCAGCGCCUAGAAAAAGUUCCCAUUCUGUUUCCCCCCAGAAGCAACGUGGGCCGGAAUUAGUAAAAGAUCAGCCGAGAGUCGUCGAAUCACCAAUUCCAAAGCACAGGAAGCUGAAGAAGGGUCGUCCGAUAUCCCCGAGACCUCAAGACGACCAAUCUUCGUCCGGUGAAGACGAACAAAAUGUUCCAAGAGUGCGAAGGAAAACGAGUGUGAAGAUACAAAAAGGUUUAGUAAAAGAGUACAAAUCCCAAUGGGAAUCUAAAUGUUCAAAGUCUGGGUUUUGGACUUGGAAAAGGCACCGCUUACAAUACUCGCCGUCAAAACCGAAAUCAUCUCCGGUGAAAAGGUACACUAAAAGACAUUCAUCUCCUCGUAAAUCUCCGACACCAAAGGCUAGCUCAGUCAGUUCAUAUACAGGAAGGUACCUGGACACGCCUGACACAAUACCCAAGUCACCAACAGAGACAAGGAAAGAAUGGGACCAAGAGAUGCCUCCCCCUCCAAGUCCUCCAGUCGAUCGACCUCUAACGCCGGAGGAAACCGAGGAGUUCCUCCAGGACAUCAGGGGAAGAGUGGCCAGCCAACGGAAAAGGUUUGAUAGCCUUGGCAGCGUCAUUAGCGAAAGCAGUGGGAAUAGCCUGGACGCUGUGGAUGCCCACACUAAUCACACGGCCAAAAGCUCGCUUGAUCUAGAUGAAGACUACAUCAGCUGUAUUGUUGGGAAAGUAAGCAAACGUAAGAAACUGUGGGAGACGAAAGCAGAAGAAAAGAGCCCAAGAAAAAAGGAGAACAAUCUAACCACCAAAGCGCAAGCAUCAAGAGAUCAAGAUUUUGGAAAGCCUGAGAGUCCAACUCCCACAAGAAUGAAGGGAAGAGGACGCGUGACCUAUAUCAUCCACAGCACAAUCGAAGGCGACGUCGUGCUUGAAACAGUCGACGGAACCUAUUCAUCUCACCAAGAAUUAUGGGAUAUUCAAACCAGGGAGCAGCAACACAUGCAACUUCCGCAAGCAUCUGGGGAGAGCAUGAAGGUUGAGAGGAAGGGAGCAGAUAUCUCUGAGAUCAGCCGCGCUCAUCCCCGGGGAGAUGUGGAUGAGCUGGUCACUGUUGCUUCCAUCACACACACGACUAGUGAUGCUGGGGAUAAUAUACCGCCGGAUGAAGAAACCCAAAGUCAUUCUCCAGCCAUUACGAACCCUAGCCCACACUCCAGUUCUUGGCCAAGCCCACAGUCUUGCUCUCCGAUUCAAAGCGCCGGGGAACAGCCCAUCGAAGCAUCUGCAGAUGCGGAGGAACCUGAGGCAUCCGAAACUGCCCAGUACUACCAGUCCUACAAGCACACCUUUGCAUCUGCUCGUAGUUUCUUUGAGAGUGUAACACAUGACCAAAACGGAGUCGAACUCAACAAUUACAUAAAGUACGAGGAUAGACAUAAAAGUCUUAACGACUUUGUGGUUACUGAACAAGUAAAUGUAUCCUGUAACGACAGUGAAACAUGGAAUUAUUCCUCACACGAACUGAACUCCCCCAGCAAUAAUCCCAUUGAAAGUCCAGCGGCGGACACUGACCUAGAAGUUGAUGCUGAUACCGUGAAACAUGAUUAUAAUUCCCAAGACAUGAAUUAUACUAGGCAUUCAAGGAAAGAAGCACAAGAUUGCGAGACUCGCCUGGUGGACAGCGGUUGCCAAACCGACGAUGAAUUCGACGACACUCCUCGAAGUCGAAUAUAUCGUGUGAGCCGGGCUUGUCAGAGUGACCCUGAAAGCGACAACGAAACGUCGAGAGUGAGAGAUCACAGUCCAUCGCAAGAUCGAGAAAUACAAGUUUCUGAAGAUGACCUUACCAAUCCUCUAAAGCGUCGUCUACCACAUGACUCUCGUCAAUAUGAUUUGUUAGAAAGUCCUAAAUCAAAGCGUCGGAUUUACCAAAGGCGGAACAAACCCCAGACAUUGGCUAGAAGUAAAUCCUUGCCAGGAAUAGAUUUCGCAACCAUUCCUGGUCCAAAGCAUAAUAGAACUACAAUAAAUCCACUGAGCAAUUUUUGGUCGAGUGAGCCCGAAGAAGACAGACCCAGAUCUUACAAAUUCGGAAUAUCAGAUUCAUCUUCUCUUGUAGCGUCUCUCAUGGACCUAGCAAGGGAUUUACCUACAGCUUAUCCUGACUCACAUAACCAGGACGACUUAGAAGAUCUCGAUCAUGAUGUCUUCCAGCACUUCCCCCAGGGAGAGGUGAUACAGACGCUGAGCGGAUGCUACAGGAGAGAAUUCCCCCAUAUUCCAGUGAAUGGGCGAACACAGAAUCUUGGCAGAGUUCCCAGAACUGGCCAAAAAGACCUGAUUUCUCUCCGGGAACUUCGCCGUCGCGCCAGUUUGCCCGAGUGUUUGGCUCUCCUACCGAUCUGUGAGGGUGCCAGCCCCGAGUCAGGAUCCCCGGUGGAAGUGAUACGCAAUCCCUUCCAUCCCAUGGACCAAAUUACUGCCCAGCUGAUGAAGGAAUCAAGCGUGGAUAAUUGUGAAAAUGAUACUUACUGUAUGUACAACAGUAGUGAAAGUAUUAAUUUAUCUGCAAACAGUGAUGAGAGUGAGAAACAUAAACCAGUGUGCGAUUGCGUAACCGAAAAUGAGCAAAUUGCUGACUCCGGUAAGGAUGAAUGGGAUACUUACGGUGAGGCCACAACAGAUUCCAAUUGUGAGAUCGAAGAUGGCGUUACUGAAAGUAGAAACUGCGUCGAAGCAACACCUAAUCCUACGUGCAGUGCGUAUGGCGAUGGCCUUGAGCGAGGGAAGACCGGUGAAGUUCUGACUUUCAUCGUCGACACUGCCGGCGCUCAGCAAGGCGAGGUAACAAUCAGCGUGGAUGGACCAUUCAAGGGCUCUGUGUCAGGGACUGAAGUGUACCCCAUCGAAGAAUAUGCAGGAGCCUAUUUAGUCAACUACAUGGUCAACACACCUGCUUCAUAUAAAGUGGGCAUUACGUGGAGUGGGCAACACAUAGCAGGCAGUCCAUUUACUUGUAUUGUGGAUGUAUAAUAUGUUUCUCUUUCAUAAUUAGUUACGUGAUAUAUUCUGUCAGCUCCAUGAACAUAUCACCUUGCAAUGCAUAUACAAUUGAAUUCUGCUGUAAAUAUGUCCAAUUCUUUUGUUAUCUAGUCUUUGAAAACUACUAUAUGAUAGUCCUAAUUUACAUAAGGGUGUGUUCAUUUUAACUUUAUAAGAUAUUGGCAUAUCAGAGAAUGAUAGAUAAUGCUAAAGGUAAGAUGUGAAUGUUAUAUGUCAUAGAAGACAGCAAUUCUGUCAUAUCUAACGGAAGAAAUAGUUUUAGUUUGUGGAAAAAAAACAUUGAAAACUUUGUGAAUGAAAAUAUUACAAUGCAUACUAUUAAAGAUGUCAUGAUUCACGUGUUUUGAAUUGUGUAAUAUUAGAUAUUUUCAGCUGCCAUAAUGCUAGUGUAAAAAAUAUAAUGUAAAAUAUAAUAGCUGUGAUAUAUUGUU